ACGUGUCAUCGCAAGCUCAGUUGUCUUCCUGCAAGCUCGACGUGCAACACGGAAAUUUUCGCGGUAGCAGUCACGCUCGAUGUUCCCGCUCUCGAAGGCCUACACAUCCUUCAAGCAUGCCUAAUGAAAACGCAUCAGUUUGUGGAUGCGGGGUGGUGUUGGAUCUUCCAAAAUCUAGAAACGGAAUGACGGCCAUUUCAACUAGAAAUUUAACAAUCCUGAUCCCAAAGCCAUCUAAAGGCUCAAAAGGUGAGGGAAAAUCAUCAAAGAAACAAAAUGAAGAAGGUGGGCGAGGACCAACAUCCAGGGCGUCAGAUACCGGAAGUACUAGCUCUGUGGCCGAACAAACGAGACCCGCAAAGAAUACACACAAACACGAAAAACGAUUGAAUCCAUCUCGAAGGACCAGAAGUGCAGAGAGAGUAGAAUCACAUUAUACCUAUAUUGAUUCGGGCUCGAGCAUAGUCGGAGGAGGUAUACGUGAAAACGCUAUUCCGGAAGCUCUCUAUGCUACCAUUGAGGACCCACCGAAUGCCAGCGGGAACGGAAACGUCGGAAGUCAGCAAAAUGCACAGAAUAGGCCACAGCCAGUAUACGUUCUUCCUUCAAUGACGUCACCUCCACCAACAUACGACGUCGCGAUUGCUAAAACGUGGCAGUCAGGUCUGCCGCCGUCCUACGAGGAAUAUCUUUGUCACAAGUAUGCGAUGAUAUCCCGUUCACAUACACCCCCUCCACCUUGGUCUGAUUCAACGGUGGGAAUCCAGCAGGCACGCAGGGAGCUGUUGGCUAGCCAACCAGAGCUUAGGGAAUACCUGGCGCAACUAACUCUGGCGCAAGGGAACCAGGAUCAGGGCUCUCACCAAUACCAGGUCCUGCGGGAUUCAGCGAGUCUGGCCAACCAACAAGCGCCCAGGAAACAAGCGGCUAGGACUCAAAGAGCAAGAGCUAUGCCUCCCAGAUCUCAGAGCGAAAGUCGAGCCCAGCAACAGCGGAUUUCCACAAUGUACCACGACGCCGCUUUUUGCAUGGAAACCACUGCAAUUCAGUCAGCCUUCGACAAUGGAGUGGCGUUCUGCAGUCUCAUGUAAUCGAGUUUCGAGGUGUUAAGUAAAAAAUGAAAAAAUGAGUUCAAACUCCGAAAUGACUCAUCGGAGAUACUUUUUUCUACUUCGAGAAAAUGUUACUCGAUCUAUACAUACAAGACGGUAUCACAAUCGAUCAACUUCUAGAUAAGACACAUGUGACUCGAUUUUUUACCCUGAAAUUAUAUUCAUCUUCUAGUUUUAAAACUAGAAUCAUAUUUUUUAGUUUUUUAUCCUGACUUUUAUCUAAUAAUAGAGAAUUUUAAGUAACUAGUUUUGUGGUUUUUGUUAAGACUGUUUAAACUUAAUUUAAUUUUUAUCUAUAAUAUUAAUGGCAUAGUGUCUACUUUUAUAAUUAGUGUUAUGAGUAUGUGAAGAUAAUUAAUAUCACUGUUAUUGAUGUAUUUAAAUUUGUUUUUAAAUAUGUAACAAAUCUGAAUGAAUCUGAAAUGAAAUUGAGUAGAAGCACAAAAGAAUUCCUGACUGCUUGGAAAAGAUACAUUUCAUGAAGGAAAUGUAUCUAUUGGAUAAGUUCUUCGAUUAUGCCAUCAAAGAAUUUCCAUUAAAUACAAUAAAAAUGAUACGCACAUUUCCUGCUAAUUGAACUGAAUUUUCAGAUUUUUAAUUCUUGUGUAACUUAUAAAAUGAUUAUUAGUUUUUGAAAAUACAUUCAAUCUUAUAAAAUAAGAGGAUGAAUUAUUAUUUCGGAGGCAAAGAAUCGCUUACAGAGUUAUCAUUUUUGCGCAAUUUUACGCAGAGAAGAGGAAAAUGUAAAGAAAGUAUGGAGAACACGUCAUUAUUAAAGUUGCCAUUGCUAAAAUUGUUUGCGUUACUAAAGUGUUUUAACUUUGAGAGCGAAACACUGAGAAGCAAAAUUUUUUGUUCAAGCAUAAAUUGUAUAAAAUACUGGCAUUUGAAUAACAGUUUUCUGUUACUGGAAAAGAGAAAAAUAUAUCUCAAACAUUGUAAUGAGUGAAAUUAUAAAUAGAGCUGUGGUUGUUGUCUGUUAUAGUUAUCUGUUGAUGCGUUAAAUAUUGCACAUCAAUAAUGACGUGUAAAAAGACUGAAACAAAAAUCACGGAAAAACAAAAUCUUGGCUCUGUGGACAUUUGUUUUUUAAUGGCAUUUCAAAUGUAUGUGGCAAUCGGCAUCACAGGCAUUGAAAAAAUAGAUUAAUGAUACGCACUCUAAAAUUAACUUAAUUAAACAAUUAUAUAAAAGUAUACUCGUACUACUAAUGUAUAAAUGUAUAUUGAUUUCAUUUAACACCAAUAAGAGGAAUGCAGAAAGAAUGAUACAUUGCUAGAAAAAUGUUGAACAAAAGUUGUUGGUUGAAGAAAACAGUUUUCAGUGUGACGUUCUCGGGCCACAAGGGCCAUUCUCCAAUCUUAACCUGUCAUGAAGUGUCAGAACGGUAUUAAAAAAUGAGUUUUCAUCAGCUUCACGAGCAAAGUUUUUCGUGUGACAGUACCCAGAGGACAUUCAACGGAGUCUCGAAUAUCCUAUGCAAAUAUGAUGAAAACAUCUUUCGAAUAUUUUCUGGUUAUCGAAUGUCAGGAGGGCGCACACUCGAUCUAUCUUGCUUCAUUGUCACCCUUAUAGUUCAUGGCGAUUUUAAAUAUGAUUUAACGUGUCGUGUUUCUCAUUAUAACGGUAUCAACUGCUUCAUGACUAGGACGCUGAUUCUGUUUAACAAAUUUGGAAUCAAUUACCUUUGUCUCUAACGUAUUAAAAGAUAUAUGUAUAAUUAUAAUAACAGCAAAGUUAUAUUCACACACUUACAUGUCGACUCCCUAAUUACAAAAUGUUCUACGUCCCGUUUAGGCGAUGUACAGGCCAUGUCGCGUUUGUUCGCUAUACAGCUCUAAGUCAUGUGUAUAAGCUUAGGCCUUCGAGAUGUAUGUAAAGCGACCGAACGCGACGGACAUCCGUACGAGUCAGUACGAGCAGAGAACCACGUCGGGUUUGAUUUGUUUGCAGCUCUACGUCACGUUUUUACCUGCAUAGCUCCAAGUCCUGUGGAUGAGCAUAAGAGUACAGCAUAUAGCUGGGUACAUAGCUGGGUACAGCUAUGCAGCGACUAAACGAGACAUGGUGCACUACAUCGCCUAAACACUGAGUGGAGCAGUAUGGAAUAAAGGCGUCGAUGUGACGUUACGCAGCGCAAGGAAAGGACUCCCUUUGUCAGUACACAAGAACGUCUAUAUAAGAACAGUUUCGGGGGUGAGUCUCACUAUUCUUAAGAUUGAAUCAGUCUGUGGAAACGUAAACAGUGUAUUGUAAACCGUUGGAAAACCAUUGUUGACACUGCCACAUGGCUGUGAAACUGCGUGGACCAGCAGUUCUUAGACGGAGCAAAUCAGUCGAUCCUAUAUAAGCGUUCUUGUGUAUAAAGUUACAUACAGAGGCACAUAGUCGGAUAAAUUACCGAUAAUUUAAGCACAGGUUAAAUUCUCUAGGUUGAAAAAAAGUCUCCAUGGUACUUUUGAAGUUGGAACUUUGAAAACCUGCUUUUAGAGAAAAACACAUUUAAAAUUUACGAAUGUCAGAAGCACACGUCUUAAAUUUGUUCUUUGAAGAUUAAAUUUACCCAUUUUGGAUCACUUUCGGGACAUAAGUUUAAUGUCAUGAGAUAGAGUAUAGAUUGCAGUAUGAUAUUCUACGGAAGCCAUAAAACGGACACGUUUGACCUUUGUGCAUAAUAGAGCGAAUAUUAUACGGAUGUAUCUCUAAAUUAAGGUCACUUUUGAUUGAAAUAAUUUUUUCAAAAGUAUUUUUAAUAAAUGUGUUUUUUUUUAAUUAAAACAAUUUAUUCGUGCUACAAUAG